UUGGGUUUUGCGUUUCUUUAGAAUCAGAUUCAAACAACUGCGUGUCACUCUGACAACCUUAAAUUUUGUUUCCUUCUCAGCCGGAAACUUAUGAAGGAGCAAAAUGACUGCCCUUUUUCUUCUUCAUUGAUUGGUAAAUAAAAAACACGUGAGUGUGGAAGAAUACAUGGAGUUGGGGUGUGGGUUUUACACUAAAGCUAUCAACUUUCGUCGUUUAGAGGGGCUUUGAGAGCGUGUCAUAGUCAUGGAUAGAAGAAUCUGCGAAGAAUUAACGCCUAGGUAUUAUGCCCUUUGUGCCAUUGGAGGAAUGCUCAGUGCUGGCACCACCCACCUUGCCAUCACUCCUCUUGAUGUCUUGAAAGUCAACAUGCAGGUGCACCCAAUUAAGUAUUACAGUAUUUCCUCAUGCUUUACUACCUUAUUGAGGGAACAAGGGCCUUCUGUCCUUUGGAAAGGUUGGACUGGCAAGUUUUUUGGCUAUGGCGCUCAAGGAGGAUGCAGAUUUGGCCUCUAUGAGUAUUUUAAAGGGGUUUAUUCCAACGUAUUGGUAGACCAGCACAAGAGUCUUGUUUUCUUUCUUAGUAGUGCUUCUGCUGAAGUGUUUGCCAAUGUAGCUCUGUGUCCAUUUGAAGCUGUUAAAGUGAGGGUUCAAGCACAACCCUGUUUUGCUAAGGGCUUGUUUGAUGGCUUUCCAAAGUUAUAUGCAUCAGAAGGCACACGAGGAUUCUACCGUGGACUAAUUCCACUUUUGGGUCGAAACAUUCCAUUUUCCAUGGUUAUGUUCUCAACCUUCGAGCAUUCUGUUGAUUUUUUGUAUCAAAACGUGGUCAAAAGAAAAAAGGAGGACUGUUCAAUUGGUCAACAACUUGGUGUGACAUGUUUAGCUGGAUAUGCAGCGGGAUCUGUUGGUAGCUUUGUUUCUAAUCCCGCUGACAAUAUUGUAUCUUCUCUUUAUAACAGAAAGGCUGAUAGUCUUGCACUGGCUAUCAGACAUAUUGGACUAGCCAAUUUAUUUACCAGGAGCCUUCCUAUUAGAAUGUUGCUGGUUGGUCCUUCUAUAACAUUGCAAUGGUUUUUUUAUGACACCAUCAAAGUUUUAGGUGGAUUGCCAACUAGUGGUGAAGUUACAACUGACAUAAGAAGAGACGCGGCAGGCUAGAUUCAUAAAAAUGGAAAUCACAGUCACAAUUUUGAUUUUUCAGGCUUGUAUGCUUGCAAGUCAUUUUAUACCAUAUAGGAACAAUUUUGUGGUAGCUUUUCUUUUCUGCCACUAUUUACUCUUUUGUCGUUAUGGGCUUUCAUUGAAGCCUUGGGAUUUGCUUUCCAAAAAGAACUAGGGGCCCAUUUAUGUUAUCACGUGUACUAGCAUACUAGUAGUUGCAAAAUAAAAAGAGAAAACAAAAAUUUACUAGCAAUGCUUGUGCUGGCCAUUACCAGUUAACGCCCAUGCCUCGUGGCUUAUGUAUGACCUUCAGUUCUUCUAA